UAGCUGUCGGAGGCAAAAGUUAGUGCGGCCCUGUCUAUGGUCUAUAUUUAGCAUUUUAACCGGGAACUUUUGGCCGUUUAUUAGGUCUAGGGUUGUGUUAAGUGUAUUUUGAAUGCGUACACAUUAUGUUUUAGUACACUGAAUCGCCAUAAAGGAGGCAGGAAGUGAAUUUGGUAGCCCAGAGGUUUCAAAACAAGCUCGACUCGAACAGAAAGGUUCGGUAUUUCCGCUUUUUUUCAUGGUGUGCGUGUUUUUUGUUCUUACAAACACAGGUGUACGGUCUGGCACCAUUCAAGUAGCGAUUGACGUCAGACUUUGAACUGUGACCCUGAACCUGUACACCUGAGGUUCUCCAGGAUGGCUGGGCGAGGCUCUGACACGAUGGAGGAUGAUGGAGGGGAAACUAUAUCAGAUGUCAGUUUUCCGUUGGGAGAGGGUGUGUCUGGCAGAGGAAGAAGUAGUAUCUCUAUGUCUGAUGAGGGUGAGGAGGCUUUCUAUGUGCCUGAGAGUAGACCGACCCUGGACCUGGGAGAUGGCCCAAGACCCAUGGACACUACUUACUGGCAUGAUGUGGAAAGGGCUCGAUCCCCAGUCCACAGCUACAAUUCCGUAUACAGUGAUACCCAAUUCUGUCAAUCUGAUGAACUGGAUGAAGAAACUGAGCUGUCUGCUACUAGAGUCCAGCUGGAAAGAACAGAGUCUUACUCCAGCUGCUACUCCGUUGACAGUGAUGACUGUGAGAACAGAACCAGGAAGUCUCAAAGCGCUGCACCUAAAGCAGAGAGUCCUGAAGUGGAACUUCCUCUAAGACCAGAGCUGAUCAAAAACCCAGGCGAGAAGAGGCACCCUGCCAUGACUGUAGACUUCACCUUCAAGGCCAUCAGGAAGACACUGGAGAGGCUGGGGCAGGAUGAUCUGAGGAAAUUUAAGAUCACGCUGUGGAAGCGUUACCCAGAGUCAUUCAGCGCUCCUCCCCAGGGCAUGGACAUGGUGGACCUGGUGGACAGACUGCUGGAGUGUUAUGACCUAGAGGUGGCCCUGCAGCUCACCAAGGCCCUGCUGAAGGACAUGGACCUCAAGCGCCUGGCUGACUACCUCACGGACCUCUGCAAGAAAAAUGAGGUGCGUUAUGAGCUGAGACACACUCUGCUGAGGAAGUAUAGCAGUAUGUAUGAGGGCUUUGCCCAGCAGGGAGAGCAUAAGGCCUUUGACAGUGUCUUUAAUGAGCUCUAUAUAACAGACAGAGGCAACGCUGGGCCCAAUAUCCAGCACGAGGUCAGAAAGAUCGACAAGCUGUCCACCAAUCGCAAGAAAGAGGAGCUGAUCACCUGCAGGCAGAUCUUUGACCCCAAUGUGAUCUAUGAGAAGCAUGUGAGCCAUAUAGUGACCAACGGCAUCGCCGGGGUAGGGAAGUCUGUAGCCGUGCAGAAGUUCAUCAUGGACUGGGCCGAGGAGCGCGAGCACAGUCAUGUCUACUUCCUGUUCCCACUGCCCUUCAAAGAGCUCAACCUCAUGCUGGGCCUAAAGACCAGCCUCCUGGAGAUCGUCCACACCCUCUACCCCGAGACCAAGGUGCUGCCCACCUUUGAGUGCGACGAAGGCAAGGUCAUGUUCAUCUGUGACGGGCUGGAUGAGUAUGCGCGUCGCCUGGACUUCCACCGCACCGAGACUUUGUGUGACAGCACUGAGCCAGCCACCAUGCACGUGGUGGUGACCAACCUGAUUAGGGGCAACCUGCUCCCCUCGUCUCUCCUCUGGAUCAUCUCUCGCCCCCUCACCUCCAGUCGGCUGCCCCCAGAAGCUGUGCACCAGGUGUUGGAGGUGCGUGGCUUCACCGACGAACAGAAGGAGGAGUACUUCAGGAGGAGAUUUCAGGACCCGGCGCAGGCCAAUAAGGUGAUUGCCCACCUGACCUCCUGCAAGACCCUCCACAUCAUGUGCCAUCUGCCCAUGUUCUGCUGGGUGGUGUGCGGGGUUUUCCAGCGCACGUUUAGUGAGAAAGGGCCGGAUGCAGAGCUGCCCAAGGGGCUGACCCUGAUGUACACCCACCUGCUGCUGGUGCACCUGCAUGUGCGUGGCUCCAGGGGCUCUGCCUCCCGCACCCCGGAAGAGGAGAGGGACUUCCUGAUGAAGCUGGGCAAGCUGGCCUUCACGAUGCUGGAGAAAAACCAGAUGGUCAUUGGCAAGGACGCCUUGAAGGACUGCGGGGUGGACGUCGCUGAGGCAGUCACCAAGAGCGGUCUGUGCAUUGAGUUCCUGAUCGAGCAGUUUGUCAUGUACCAGGAGAGGAUCCAGACCUUCAUCCACCCCACCAUCCAAGAAUACCUGGCUGCCCUCUACGUGUUCCUCACCUGGAGGUGCACAGGGCAGAACGUCCUGCAGCAGCCGCUGAAGAGCAAGUUCUCACGCAUGUUCAAGGACCCUGGGCUGCUGGACAUGCACCGCAGCGCUAUAGAGAGGAGCUUGCAAAGCCCCGAUGGAAACCUGGAUGUUUUCCUGCGCUUCCUGUUGGGCAUGGCCCAGACAGCCAAUCAGGAGCUGCUGCAACGCUUCCUACCCAAUAUGAACAAAUACUCGUCUGUCUCUGAGGAGACAGCCGCCAUCAUCAGGAAGAAGAUCAAAGAGAACCACCACCCUGACAGGAACGCCAACCUGCAGUGCUGCCUGGACGAGCUGGGUGUUGGUGCUGAAGCUCGCAGCCGCAGCCGCUCGAACUCUGUGAAGAACCACUGACUGACAAUACUCUGACUACAGUAUUUAUAAAGACAAAGAGUGUCAUUAGGUUUGAAAUAUGGGUUGUAUUCUUUACAGUAUAGUUUGACAAACUUUCAUAAGGGAAUUGGGGAAGAAAGAUAUGGAUACUUCAGGGUUGCUUUGUAACAAAAUACUCAUAACUGUGGUAAGUAUGAGUAAAUAUGUAAUGAGAAAAGUAGCCACAAGGUGGCAGUAGCAUUCAACUACUAUACUACUGAGACAUGGGCAGUAAAGUCACUCAGCUACUGUGAGGGGUUAUAAAAAGAGUAAAAAUAGAUUUAUAGGCAGUCACACAUGUAUUGACUGUAUAUUAAUAUAACAUUGUCAUUAUGAUGCUUAUUAUUACACCAGAGAUGGGCAACUUUGGUGGGGGUGACAAAAAUCGGAGCUCAUGACGGGCCGCAGUAGCUCACAGCCAUACCCACACAUGCAGUCAGAGCCAACCCCUAGCCUUUUGCAGGCAAAACAUUUUAGUGGCCCCCCUCUUGACAGUGGAGAGAAAAUUUAAUUUCCUGGACUUAGAGCAAAUGUUGCAGUUUUAAAGCAAGUUUGCUGCAAUUCUACUCAUUUUGCCAUAGGGCAGAGAAAAAAUAGCAUUUUUACAGCUAAUUUUCUGCAAUUCUACACAUUUUGCCAUAGGGUGAAGAGAAAUAUUAGCUGUUUUUUAUACACUUAAACAACACAAUGUAACUCCAAGUCAAUCACACUUCUGUGAAAUCAAACUGUCCACUUAGGAAGCAACA